CGCUGCGCUCCCGCGCCGCUUAGCCGAACGGUCGGGGUCGGUUGAGGUGCCCUUCUCUUUAAUCUGGCCGAGCGAACAGCCAACUAACACUCGACCUCCUCGAGAGUAAGCAAGCGAGCGGUCAUUUGAAAGUGUUCUGUUUUGAAACAAUGGAUGAGCAAUCUCAAGGCAUGCCAGGUCCUCCUGUUCCUCAAUUUCAGCCACAGAAAGCCUUACGACCUGACAUGGGCUACAAUACUCUAGCCAACUUCCGAAUAGAAAAAAAGAUUGGGCGUGGACAAUUUAGUGAAGUUUACAGAGCGACGUGUUUGUUGGAUUGCGUGCCAGUAGCUUUAAAAAAGGUGCAGAUAUUCGAUUUAAUGGAUGCGAAGGCCCGUGCUGAUUGCAUCAAAGAAAUAGAUCUUCUUAAGCAAUUGAAUCAUCCAAAUGUAAUUAAAUACUAUGCAUCAUUUAUUGAGGACAACGAACUAAAUAUAGUGCUGGAAUUGGCAGAUGCUGGAGAUCUUUCUAGAAUGAUCAAGCAUUUCAAGAAGCAGAAGAGGCUGAUUCCGGAAAGGACCGUUUGGAAGUACUUUGUUCAGCUGUGCAGCGCCUUGGAGCACAUGCAUUCACGGCGUGUCAUGCAUCGAGACAUCAAGCCUGCAAAUGUAUUCAUUACAGCUACAGGAGUAGUAAAACUUGGAGAUCUUGGGUUGGGAAGAUUUUUCAGCUCCAAAACCACAGCCGCACAUUCUUUAGUGGGAACACCUUAUUACAUGUCUCCAGAGAGAAUCCAUGAAAACGGGUACAACUUCAAAUCAGACAUCUGGUCUUUAGGAUGUCUGUUAUAUGAGAUGGCUGCACUGCAGAGUCCAUUCUAUGGUGACAAAAUGAACUUGUAUUCCUUAUGUAAAAAGAUAGAACAAUGUGACUAUCCACCCCUUCCAUCAGAUCACUACUCAGAAGAACUGCGACAAUUAGUUAAUAUGUGCAUCAAUCCAGAUCCAGAGAAGCGACCAGACAUAACCUAUGUUUAUGAUGUGGCAAAACGUAUGCAUGCCCACACCGCCACCAGCUAAAAGACUUGGCAGCUUAUGAAGA